AUGUACGUGGACGAGGCCUACAACACGAUUCAACAAGAGGCACCGUAUGUCCUCGCUCCGCUUUCGCUCGGCAUGUACAACAAUAUCAGCUACAGGCAGCAUCACGGCAACGCUCUGGUGACUUACAACGCUACUGGUAUUGACCACGAAUCGAUCAACCGUGUUGCUGGUCUUGCGGCGGUCUUGUCACCUGGAAGCCUGUUGAAAACAACCCGCAACCUUGCUGCUCUUGUAUUGGCCCCCCUCAACGGCUACUAUGCAGUGCUCGCUCAAAACAUCGGCGAGCCGUCCAAAUAUCAUCUAUCCCAUCACAAGCACGCCGUGGUCACAGCCAGAGCUCACUACCUCGACCGUCGACAGUCCACUCUACCAGCUAUCCUGCCUGCGGAUCUCGUCACACAACAGCCGCUUGAUGAAUGGCUUGCAAAUAAUGACGUCUCACACGCAUCCAACAGGCAAAAGGAAGCGAUACGAGCCUACUACAACAGCGCAGUCCAGCUAAUUCACCAGAACGAGCUCAUCCGCGUCGAGCUCGACGUCACGGCCUUGGGCAUAAUGCAUAAAAAGAACAAGCGGAUCCUCCGCAGCUUCCUUGAUCAGAUCGCACGUCGCGCUUUGUAUGACGUUCCGCUCCCAGUCCACAUCCAAGUCAUCUUCAAAGGAUAUAUGCACGAAUACAUGGAUUUCAACAAUCUACUGAUAACCUCUCAUCUGGAUGAACAAGAGGACGGCCACUACGCGCACUGUUUCGAAGGAACCCACUACGACUGUAUUCGUCGCAAGCGUCAUUGGUUCGGGGGUUACCAAGUACACACUGCUGUGCGCCACAGUGACCGUCUACAUGUCACUUUCUUGGGCCUUUGA